GGUGCGGCGGUCGAUUUUCAGAUGUUUUCAUGGGUCACCUUGACGCGGGAAGAACUCCGAGCAUCCAGUAGGCUGCCGGGUUUUCUCAGUUCAGUUUGUCGGAAUCACCUUGAGUUUGUUCGUUACGUGUUUAAAAAUACGCCGGCAUUAAAUUGAAAGAGAAAAAAUGGAGAAGGAAGCGCGCGGGAAAGGAAAUGGUUACAGGUACCUUAUGGCCACACUGGGCUCGAGUGGCUUAGGGCUCAUAUACGGCCUUAAGGUCAAUCUCCAUGUCGCUAUAGUGAGCAUGGUAAAUCACACUGCAGUGUCUGGUGGUAGUAGUCAUAAUAAAAGUGGAUCCAGUAGCUGCGAUGAUGUUUAUCCCGUUUCAAACGAUGAAAAAGCCGAGGACGGCCCAUUCGUUUGGUCCACCGUGGUGCAGGGCGUCUUGUUGAGCGCCUACUUUCUGGGCUACAUGGUGGCCGAGCUGCCGGGCGGGCGCAUAGCCGAGGUGUUCAGCGCCAAGUGGGUGAUGUUGGGCGCCGUGGUCGUCAACAUAGUGGGAGCGCUGUUGACGCCGGCGGCGGCGCUUUGGCAUUACGGCGCCCUCAUCCUGAUACGCGUGUUGCAGGGCUUCGGAGGCGGGAUGACGUUUCCCGCCAUGCACGUCAUAUUGGCGCACUGGGCGCCGCCCACCGAGAGGUCCGUCAUGAGCAGUAUUGUCUACUCUGGGACUGCCUUGGGGACAGUGAUAUUUAUGUUGGUUUCUGGAAUAAUAGGCAGUAGUUUGGGUUGGCAAUAUGUGUUUUAUAUUGAAGGUGCAUGUUCCUGUAUAUGGAUGAUAUUUUGGAUUAUUUUUGCCGCUGAUUCGCCCAAUGAAACUUCGUUUAUUAGUCAGGAUGAGAGAAGCAUGAUUGCGGCGUCACUUGGUGAUGAAAAACACGAGACGAAAUCGGUACCUUGGAAAGCCGUUUGGACUUCCAAAGCCUUCUGGGCGAUUCUUAUAGCUCACACUUGCUCCAACUGGGGGUGGUACAUGGUGCUAAUAGAACUACCGUCGUACAUGAAGAUGGUGUUUAAUUUCAAGCUCUCUGACAACGCUGUUUUAACUACUAUACCGUUCCUGUGCAUGUGGAUUUUCUCCAUGAUCUUGAGCAAAGUUUUGGACACCCUGCUCAUCAAGGAAAAGAUCACGACGACUUGGGCGCGCAAGACGGCAACCCUCAUCGCGAGCCUCGGCCCUCUUCUGUGCUUUGUGGCGCUCUGCUUUAUCGGCUGCAGGCGCGAGUGGGCGGUGGCGCUCAUGUGCGUGGCGGUCACGUGCAUCGGGGGCAUGUUCUGCGGCUUCCUGUCCAACCACAUCGACAUCGCGCCGAAUUACGCGGGCACCUUGAUGGCGCUCACGAACACUGUUGCCACGAUCCCGGGGAUUCUGGUGCCGCUGUUCGUCGGCUGGCUCACCCACGACGACCCCGGCAUCAACUCGUGGCAAAUCAUUUUCGGCGUGACGAUGGUUCUGUACGUGAUCGAAAUUUUGGUUUACACCACCAUGGGCUCUGGGGUGGAACAGUCCUGGAAUAAAUAGCAGGAGGCCGGGGAAAAUCUUCCUCUCAUCGCCAAUAAAUAAAUAAAUCACACAAGCCGAAAAAAUAAUAUUAAUGUUUGUGUGGAAUGCUUUAAAUAUAAGUAGUACCAUUAGAUUUUAAUUAUGUUUUAGCAACAUAUAGUAUUUUACGUAUAUUUCAAGAAUGACUGAAAAAAACUUUUCUCUGCCAUUUUUACCAGACUUUACUGGACAAUAUUGU